AUGGACGUCAUCGUCGUCCUUGGCACUGUGGAUGGUUGGCUGGCUGCAUUCGUUUCUGGCAGCAUCAGAGGAAGGCAGCAGGACUUGGCUCUGGAAAAAUGCACCAAUUGCUGGUUGUUGAAGUGUCAGUGUGAUGGCUUGCUUGGACAGGGGACGCCUCAUUGUCGAUUUGUGUUGUUGUUGGCAGCCAUGGAUUUGCACAUGUUUCUCAGUCUCAGCUUGUGGCAGGUCGGGGUGGGGGUGGGGGGUACUCACAUCCCAAAGGGUGGCGCAAUGGCUGCCGCAAGCAGGUUGACUUCCCCACAGUACGCCAUCAAUUCUUUGUUUGUGUUUCUUCACCCUGGUGUGUGGCCCCUACUGUUCGUGUUGUGUAAUUCAAGAGUGUGA